AUGCAACAGGAAGACAGCCGCGCCUUGCACGUCGCAAAUCGCAAGAUCUCUGUGAUCAACAAGACUCAAGCAGAGUACUCGGCGGAGCCUGAUCUGGAUACCUUUGGUCUGCGCGGGCCGUCCGAGACGGUUGAGCUGGAUGAACAAUGCCUUGAAACCUUUUUCAAGUGGCUUGAGGAAAAAUGCCAUUAUGAUGGUGAACGCCAAUGGGUUUACUUUAGAAGUGGUUAUGGUGACAAAGUUGUACCUCGUACUUGGGAAACGUGGAGGACAUGCAUUCUCAGAGAGGCGCCAGUUUUCUUCAUUGAGGCACAUGAGACUCUAGAAAAGUCCUUCGAAACUAUGGCCCUUGGCAAGGAUACUUCUGAACAUCUCUGCGGCAAGCCUUAA